GUUCAGUUUUUUGAUCAUUCCACUUUGUGACUCAGAUGUGAGCGGUCGUGUGUGUUGCGCUUACCUUUCUCACACAACUCUGUCAAAUCUGCUAUUUUUGUGUGUGUGUGUUGUUGUUAACACAGCCGGAACAGCGACGCCCGAAAGGAAAUUUGAUUUAAGCAACAACAAAUAAUACUUUCUAGCAGAGUUAACUACAAAAACCAUCAUUAUUUAAGUACAUUUUUAUAUGCGCGCUCAAAUACUAUAAGAGAAGACCUGGGCCAACCAUCAUCAGUGUUAAGGGAAAAUCAAGAAGUGUUAAAAAAAAGAAAAGCACUUCUUAGUUGUGUCGGAAUAUAACAUUGGCCGAAGCCAUACGUCUCGUGAGAACUUUUUGUCUGUCCACGGUUAUUUGUAUAAUGCAGUGUGGUAACUUGAUUGCCAACAAGAAAAUAUAAUAAAGAUAUAAAAGAAACUUAUGUGAAAAUACUAAAAAUCUGUGAGCGACAUUUUUGCUGAGCAAAAACAAGAAGAGAGAAUAGGUGAAUCAAAAACUUAACAAGCCAAACAAGAAUCAUUCUCAUUUCAAACCUAAAAGUCACAACAACACUGCAAAAGACGCGCGGACAUAACAACUCGAAUAACAAUAUAAAAAAGUUCUAUUUGCAAUUUUGUUCUUACGGCCGCCAAAAAAAAAAAAAAAAAUCCGGGAUUUUACAAAAUAUCCCAGAAAGUGAAAUUGCAAUUAAAAAUAGUGUUUUGUGUUCUUGAAAUAAAACGGUUGUUAUAAGUGCAAAAAAUAAUAAAUAAAAAUUCUUAAAGAAUAUCCGCAAGGUGGUCAUGCCUUAUUUGACAAAAUUAACAAGAGCAUCAUCAUCAACUGCAAAGAGCGGAUUAACAAAACCAACACAAAAAACAAAUAGUUUGCAGAAUUGUUUGGUAAAAAUCAGCGACAAUCGCAGCAACAACAACGACGCAAAAAAUUGUUGCUGUCAGCGGCUGGAAAAAAAUUUGGUGGAUAAAAAUUUACAAAUCACAACAAUCAUCUUAAAGAAGAAAGGAAUAUUUUUAUUAAAAUAAAUUAAAAAGAAAAAAAAAUUUGGUAAAAUAAAUUUUGACAAAACUUGAUUUUUACCGCAGAAAAGAACACAAAUUUUUGUUCAAGUUUAGAGUUUUUAUUACUCCCCUCCCCCCUGCCGAUCACCCUAAACGAGAAAAGAACACACUUACAUUGUUUGUUAUUGUGUUUUGGACAAUGCAUUGCAUCCCACAGAAAAACAAAACCAACGUCAUCAUACACACACACACAUGCCAACGCAGUGUUUACAGUUAAUUGCAAAUUAACAGCAGUCGCACAACGAAGACAUCAAAACUAUAAACAAAAAUUCACCAACAACACAAGAAAGAAAAAGAAACAAGCAUUAAGAGUGAAUGCAAAAAAAAAAAAGUUUAAAGGACAGUGUUUUCGACAAAAUUAUAAACGGUGAAUUUCAAAAAGUGCAUGGAAACUAAGUUAAACAAAAAGUGACCACAUUAUAGAAAAAAAGAAACAAAAAACUUAAGUUAUUUUGACCCCUAUUUAUUUGUUUUACAAUAAGCAACAAAAAAACCAAUUGCCCUGCUUUAACCAAAAAAAAAAACGAAGGAUUAUUUUUGUUAUUUCCUCGCAAGCAACCAAUCAACAACACCCACACAUAGCAUCCCUAAUUACUCAACAUUUAAGAAAAAUCACCAACUACAACAACAAAAAUUGGAUUAUAUAAAGGAAAUAGAUACCUAUAUUUAUUUUUGAAUUAGCAUUAAACAAUAAGACAAAAGUUUAUUGAUUAAACUAUAGAGGAUCUGGUAUCUUCUUUAAACUACAAGAAAAACAAACAAAAAUUACAAAAUACAACGAAAUAUAAUUUAUUUACAAAAACCCAAAAACCUUUAAACAACCUUCAAGCAAAAAGUAAAGGUUUAACUUUAGAAACCAAAAAACAAUAUAUAUAUAUAUAUAUAUAUAUAUAUAUAACAAUCAACCCCAGCUAUACAAUACAACCAUUUUUUUUUAAUUGUGAUACAAGCUUGGAUCUUCAACUUGACCCAAUGGCGAAAACUCUCAAUCUUUUUGGGUGCUCACCCCCUACGAAUUCAACCUAUUUAAAUGAUUUAAUGCCUACUUUAUUAUAUGAAGAUUACAUUGCACAUGAUACAUUUGAUAAUCUUCCGGAUUAUACGCCUCCCUCCAUUUGCAGUGAUAUACAAAAAAUUAAUUCCGAUAUGGGGGGUAGCAGUGAUUGUUCUUCAUUUGGUUGUCCGUUGGAAUACAAUUGCAUUGAUGUCGAUAUGAAGUUCGAAAUAUGUAAUACAGAUUUAAUGUGGUCACAGUCUAGCACUUCGUUGGGUACCUCAGCCUCUUCCACCAGCACUGAUAUCAGUUCGGCAGUCCCACCAUCGGCUGUUAUGGGAAACUCACAAAUUAAAAUCGAAAGAUGUUUGACCCCCGAAACACCGAAUACACUGCCACAAAAGCAGCAACCCACAGUGGUUACAGCUCGCAAAUUCAAUAAAAUGGGUGGGAUUGUCAUAAAACAGGAGCCAGAUGUGGAACAGCAAUUGGAUCAUCAUAGUAUACCUAACAUUAAAGUAACACAGCAUCAGGCACAGUCAACAAACAUGCAGAGUUUACCACCAGGCGCUUCAUUGCUGCUUAAAUCUGCCACCAUUCAACAGCAACAACAGAAGAAACUCCAACAGACUCGUCUACACAUGCCCAAAGUUGGCGAUCAAUUACUGCCGUGCGCCUCCCCCAACAACUCAUUCUCGUCAUCAUCAGCCAAUAUAUCCCUCAAUACCAGCAGUUGCAGUAGUGAUACAUCCUUAUAUCAACGUCCCGAUACUCCAUACAGUUUAGACGAUGACAGCUCCACAACUGCGUUCAGACAUAAUGUCGAUUUGACAGCCUGUGUUAUGGGCAGUAAUAACAUAUUGCUGGAUGAUAAGGGCAGUAAUAACAUAUUGCUGGAUCAUAAGGGCAGUACUAACGCCGUGCUGGAUGCUGAAAAAAAUUUCAUCAACAAUGUGAGUCAACAACUGCAGGAUACCUCCAAGAAACAGAUAGACGCUCGCCUAAGUAAUGACAUCUCCUUAAACGAAGUGAUGGACUUCAUUACACAAAAAGACACGGAAUUCACAACGACGUCACAGCUGUCGGUAACAACCAGUAACUAUGAUCAUUGUCUCUCAGUAAAUACCCCCGGGUCCCAUUCGUCCGACCCUGAUUCUGAUGAAGAAUCUUCAAUAAGUUCAAGUACACCAUCGUCACUGGAUCAUGAGAUCCCCUAUGGGGCCGGUGGGGUGUCACCGGUAUCAAUUCAAUUCUCAAACAUCAGCAGCAGCCACAACUACAUGCAACACAGCGAUCAUAGUUACACGCGCUGCAAAGAUGGCAUGGGUGAUAUGAACCCGCACAUAGAUACACCCUCGGAUUCCGAAGACGAAAUCGAUGUGGUCUCAAUCAAUGACAAAAAACUUCCCACAAAUCCCUCGGACAGGGAUCGUCGUGCUCUGCAGACAAAAGUUGCUCACAAAUUUAAUUCAGCUCGCGUUGUCAAGACACCGAAUGGUGUACGCACCAUACCCCCACGUCGUGGCGGCUCCUACGAACUACCCUAUACACCGGUCAGUAAUAGUCCUGUCAAAUCGGUCAACAGCUCACGAUUCCCCUCGCCAGCUGCCACACCCUACAGUCUAUAUACCAGCAAAUAUGUCCAACAACAGCAGCAACAAAUGAUGUCGGUCAUUGUGACCGACUCCAGCACCGGUACACCCGUUAAUAUUCUAACCAGCGACAAGUCACGCAAACGAAUUUUGGCCAAUGCAGCAGCAUUGACAAACGGUGGCAGCUCUACCAUCAGCAAUGGCAGUCAGCUGACAGUGCUGCCGCCCAGCAAAAAGCAUCGUGGCAAAAAGUCCAAGCAUGUGGUAACAGCUAUACAGCUGCAGCCGGCCGGUGCUAUAAAUCGCAGUUUUAGCGCCGACGAAACCGCCGACACCAUUGAGAAGCGUAAUUUGCACAAUGACAUGGAGCGCCAGCGGCGCAUUGGUUUGAAAAAUCUCUUUGAGGCUUUGAAAAAGCAAAUACCCAGCAUUAAGGAUAAGGAGCGAGCACCCAAGGUGAAUAUAUUGCGAGAGGCUGCAAAAUUGUGUGAGGCCCUGACGCGAGAGGAUCAGCUGUUGUGUGAGCAAAAGGCCAAGCUUAAGGAGGAGUUGAGACGAAAACAAGAACUUGUGAAUCAAUUGCGACAGCAGCAAAGGGAUUGAUAAAACAUGACAUUGCUGUUGAGUGAGAAAGCAAAAUGGAGCGCGAGUGUGAGUGUGAGUGUGAGAGAGAUGGAGAUGGAGAAAGCAUAAAAUGUAUACAAAUUGAGUAAAGAGAAAAGCUCUGCCAGCAGAUAUGGGAAUAUAUCGCCAGAGAGCGCGUAAUGGCAUCGUCAGGUACGAUACGAUACGAUAUGUUUUUAUUUUCCAUAUAAACAAAGGUAAAUCGUAACAGCAGAAGCUCUUGUGACAAUAGAGCAUCAUAACAGAAGAGAAUGUACAGAAGUUUUUAUGUUUGUUUUCAAUACGAGAUAAGUCAUUUAAAGUUUAAAAUUUUUUUGAUUGAAAGGAUUAUACGUUACGUUUUGUUAAGUUUAAAAUUUGAUUUUUUUUUUAACUUUAAAAUUGGAAUUUGAAUUGGAAUAGUUUAUUUUUUUUUUUUAAUUUUAAAAAACGUAUUUUUCUUCAUAGCUUUUAGGUUAAUAUGAUUGAUUUUUUAAGCGAACGUAAUUCAUUAGAUUUAAAGCUUUUUUUU